AUGAGACUCAGCAGCAUCUAUAUACUUUAUAACAUCAUUAUGUCAACAGAAGCCUGGGCCCCAAGGCUGCCAGAAGACAGGGAAUUGAUUUCCAACUGCUCCAACAUGGCUUUAAGGAAGAUUCCCCUAGACUUUACUGCAGCCACAACCAUACUGGAUUUAUCCUAUAACCUCCUCUUUCAACUCCAGAGUUCCAAUUUCUACUCUUUCUCCGAACUGCGUUUUCUGAUCCUAUGCCAUAACAGCAUCCAACAGCUGGAUACCAAGGUCUUUGACCUGAACAGGAAGUUAAGCUAUUUAGACUUGUCUUACAAUAGACUGAAGGUCAUAAUUUGGUCUUCCCUGGCAGGUCUCAGACAUCUAGAUCUUUCUUUUAAUGACUUUGACAGGCUGCCCUGUGAAGAGAUUGGCAACAUGCCACACCUGGAAACUCUAGGCUUGAGUGGAGCAAAAAUACAAAAGUCUGAUCUCCAGAAAAUUGCUCAUUUGGAUCUCGGUGUUGUCCUGUUAGGACCGAGGACUCUUUCUCAUUAUGAAGAAGGCAGCCUGCCCAUCCUAAACACAGCAGCCCUUCACAUCAUCUCACCAAAACACAGCUUCUGGGUGCUUUUGUGUGAUGGAAUGAAAACUUCAAAAAUAGUAGAAAUGACAAAUAUGGAUGGCAAGAGUCGGUUUGUCAGUUAUGAGACUCCAUGGAAUCUUAUUAUGGAGAAUACCAAGGCGUCGAUGCUGACAUUUCACAACGUUGACUUGCUCUGGGACAACCUUCUCCACAUCUUCCAGUUCGUGGGGCAGACAUCAGUGGAUCACUUCCAGACUCAGGCCAUGACUCUUGGAGGGAUGGCUAAUCUAGACCACAAUUCGUUUGACUCCUCAAAUCCUGUAAUGAAAGCUAUAACAUUGGAGAACAUACAUUUCAGAAUCUUUUCUGUUCCCCAGGACAGAAUCUACCUGCUUUUCACCCAAAUGGAUACAGAAAACCUGACCAUAGCAGAUGCACAAAUGCCACAUCUGAUUCUCCCUAAUCACCCCCAAAGUUUCCAACAUUUAAAUUUUGCCAAUAACAUCUUAACAGAUGACCUGUUUAAGAACCCUAUUCGGCUGCCUUAUUUGAAAACUCUUGUUUUGAAGGACAACAAAUUGGAGACUCUGUCUUUGGUGAGUCUCUUUGCCCACAGCACACCCUUGCUUCACUUGGAUCUAAGCCAGAAUCUACUGCAACACGAAAAUGAGGAGAAUUGCCUGUGGCCAGACACCUUGACCCUCUUGAACUUGUCAUCCAGUGAAUUUGAUGAUUCUGUUUCCAGGUGUUUGCCCAGAAGUGUUCAAACACUUGAUCUGAACCCUAACAGAAUACAGGCUGUCCCUAAAGAGACGAUCCACCUGAGGUCUUUACGAGAGCUUAGUAUUGCAUUUAAUUUUCUCACUGACCUCCCUGGGUGCAAUCAUUUCACAAGACUCUCUAUUCUGAAUAUUGAAAUGAAUCUAAUUCUCAGCCUAUCUCUGGAUUUUUUCCAGAGCUGCCAAGAAGUAAAGACUCUAAAUGCAGGAGGAAACAAACUAAGAGACUUCAUUCUGCUCAAAAAGCAUUCGGAGGGCCUGAUGUUUGGAUGGCCAGAUUCAUACACCUGUGAAUACCCUUUGAGUCUAAAGAGGACUCUAUUAAAAGAUGUUUAUUUUCCUGAAUUAUCUUGCAACACUUUGUUGAUUGUCACCAUUGUGCUGGUCGUGCUGGUUCUGGGGACAGCUGUAGUGUUCUGCUGGCUCAGCUUUGACCUGCCCUGGCACCUCAGGAUGCUGGGCCAGUGGAUACGGACACAGCAUGGGGUUAGGAAGACAAUGCAAGACGAACCGAAGAGAAGUGUGCGCUUCCACGUGUUUGUCUCACACUCUGCACAUGAUUCAGGCUGGGUGAAGAAUGAACUGAUCCCCCAUCUAGAGACAGAAGAUGUCUUGAUUUGUCUCCCUGAGAAGAACUUCGACCCUGACAGGAGCAUCGCUGAAAAUAUUACAGGGUCUGAGAGAAGCUCUAAGUCCAUCUUUGUGCUGUCUCCCAACUUUGUCCAGAGUGAGCAGUGUCAUUAUGAAUUCUGUCUUGCCCAUCAUAAUCCCUCCCAUGACAGUUACAUCAUCCCCAUCUUACUGGAGCCCAUCCCCUCUUACUGCAUUCCUCCCAGGUUUCCUAAGCUGAAAGCUCUUUUGGAAAAGCAAGUAUACUUAGAAUGACCCAGGGACAGGCGCAAAUGUCGGCUUUUCUGGGCAAACCUUCGAGCUGCUAUUAAUGCUCAUUUAUCAGACACCAGAGAAAGGUGUGAACUACAGACGUUCACAGAGCCAGAUGAUGAGUACCACGGUUCUACCAUCUCUCUGGUGAGAAAAGAAUGCUUCUAA